AAUACUCUAACGUACACCACGUGAUCAUGGCGUCGUACAGGAAAGCGACUCUGGCGGAUCGGCAGCAAGUAGUAGACAUGCAGGUGUACGAAGGACUAGACUACAUUCAGAAUGUCUACAACCAGCAUCUGACUGAGUGGAACUCAUCGGCUUACGUUGGAGAGAAGGAUGGACAAAUUGUGUCAUUUAAUUUCAUCAUUCUCGUGGACGAUGGCGAUACGAUUAUAUCACGCGGGGCUCGCACUAGAGAAGAAUACAAACAUCAAGGCAUCAUCAAUGGUCUCUACAAAUAUUCAUUCAAGGAUUUCACUGAGCGCUAUCCUAACGUCUGCUGGUACGGAGACGUCCGCCAUGUGGAUGGUCACGUGACCACGAAGCCGGAAACUCGGAUAGUUUGCAACGCACCCUGCUGUACGAUGAAACCAAUAUGUCCUGACGCAGUAUUACGUCACUAUGGUGAGUCCGGCCGCUUGCCGGACUAUGGUAGGCUACAGCAGCUGACCAAAGGUCAGAUCCACCGAUUGUUCACGACGCAAGAGGUCGCCACCAAGCUGUUCGGUGAAUACAAUGAUCACGUGGUCAUAUCAUGGAUGCCGUAUCGGACAAUUGUCUGA